GUUUAACAAAUAAAAUGUUCUAAUUUUCAAAUAAAUUUAUAUAUAUAGAAAAUAUAUUUUAAAUAAUUUCCAUUUUUAUUAAUUUUUGAUCUUUGCAAACCAAAAUCAAAAUGCGUCCGUCGGGUUUAAUAAUUAGUGUCGUCCUACUGUUGGCGUUAGUAGUAACUCCCCGUUUGAUCAGUUCCCAAGAAGCUCCAGUUCCGGUAGUUCUCUGGCACGGAAUGGGUGAUAGUUGCUGUAACCCACUAAGUAUGGGGGUCAUUAAGUCCCUAAUCGAGGAAAAUAUCCCCGGUGUUUACGUGCUCUCCGUCAGAAUUGGUGACAGUGUGGUUGAGGAUGUAGAGAAUAGCUUCUUAAUGAACCUUAACAAGCAAAUAGACAUGGUUUGCAAGCAGUUCUCUAAUGAUCCCAAUCUCGAGAUGGGAUUUAAUGCAGUGGGUUUUUCUCAAGGGGGCCAGUUCCUCCGUGGCUUAGUGCAGAGAUGUUCGGGGCUGAAAGUUCAAAACCUCAUCUCAAUUGGAGGUCAACACCAAGGUGUCUUUGGCUUACCAAAAUGUCCAGUAGGCCUUCAUAUAUGUGAGUAUGUCAGAGAACUACUGACCAAAGGCGCUUAUGAAGAGUACGUGUGUGCGUGUGUCAUAGUACAAGCGGAGUACUGGCAUGAUCCUCUUCAGGAAGAUGUCUAUAGGAGGAAAAGUGUCUUCCUUGCUGACAUCAACCAAGAGAGAUCAGUGAAUACAACGUACAGAGAGAACUUGAUUAAGUUGAAGAAUUUCGUCCUGGUGAAGUUCAACAACGAGACCGUAGUAGUGCCCAACGAGUCGGAAUGGUUUGGGUACUACAGAGAAGGGCAGGAGAAGGAGGUGAUUGACUUGAAAGAUUCAGACAUCUACAUUAAGGAUAAGUUGGGAUUGAAGGUGUUGGAUGAGUCCAAAAGACUCCACUUCCUGUCUCUGGAUGGCGAUCACAUAAUGUUCACCAGGAAGUGGUUUGUCGAGAACAUCAUCAAUCCGUAUCUGAAAUGA